GGUGCUGAAGACGUCUGCCCAGUUUAGAGGAUACCUGGAAGCCAUGCUCAGCCCAAUGUCUGCAGAAUGCUCCCUGCCCCUCUCCUCUUCCUGAUGCACUGCAUGGUUAGCCUGAGGAGGAGGAUAAAGACAUUGGCCACCAAGAUGGUAAUCACUAGUGGUAAUGAAGAAGACAGAGGCAGCCAAGAAAAGGAAAACAAAGAAGAAAGUAUCCUAGCAAUGCUAGGAAUUAUUGGGACUAUCCUAAAUCUCAUUGUCAUUAUCUUUGUGUAUAUUUAUACAACUUUGUGAGGGGAAGAGCAGGGAGAGGUCUUUUUGCUGAGAUACCACAGCCUUCUACAGGGCAAGAAAUUGGCUGUGAUAUGAAGCCUAAGCAAUGUAGCUGUCCAUAUCCUGCAAGAUUAGAAGCUUCUUUGAACUACCUUAAAAGGUUAUCAACAGAAUAUACCAAUCUGCAAAUAGCAGACACAAAAGCACAAUGGAUUCAUUGAAAUCUGUCUGACCUGCAGCAUGAUCAACUUCUGUGUGAGGAUGGACCAAAGCAGAAGUCUCAUGGAAUUAAUGAUGUCAGGCAGAACAGUUCAUUAGCAAGUAAAAAAGAAAAUAGCAUAUCCAAUGUGGGACUAUGUAAUCACAGCUUCUGUCCUCUCAAAAAUCAAUAAUGUCUUUAUCACUGGUCAAACUUUUUGAGCUUCAUUACCCCAUAACUGAGAGGCUCACAUAGUGGGGAUGAACUUGGAACAAUCAUCAUUUAUCAACAAUCCCAUUAAUACCAUGUAACAUCUCAAGCUUUGAUACGGAGAGAAGGGGGGAAUAAUUUAUUUUUUUUCAUUGGCCUGACAUAUGUAUCAGUUCAUGCUGGUGUUUACAAAUCUCUAUUUUUAAUAAAUGUGUUAUGUUUUUUAGCAUGGACCAAAAAUCUGGAGAGGCCCUCCUGGAUACCCAAAUGAUUUGGUUUGCUGAAAUGAUCCCUUUAUGAUAAGUGUCCCUUCCUCUAGAAGUAAUGAUUCUAUUUAUUGCCUCUUUAAUCACUUUUACUUUUUGUGUUCCAAACCACUUUUAAACAGUAUCAUCCUCAACCUUGGUUAGUGCAUGACUUCAGGUGAAGCAGUCUAUGGUGAGACUUUUUGUGGAACUGUUAGAAAUAUGAAAAUAUCAUGGGCAUGCAGACCUGAGAUGCAUGCUAUCUUGACUGAAGAUUAUGCAUGAACAAGGCCUGUGUGAUUGGUCAGAGACAAACACUAAAGAUUGGUGGGAGAAAUAUGACUGUGUUUGAAGAUCUAAUCUUUCACUGAGCUUUAUUAAAAAAAAAAAAGGAAGAGUACCCACAUAGAACAUCUGAUUCUUAAUAGUUAUUUACAAUUCCAUCACUGCAAAAAUCAGUUUAUCAUAUCACAACUUAAAUUACAGCUCCAUUGAGAUAAAUCAGUCAAAUUACCAUGAAAGUACAGGAGGAAAUGGAAAGAUGAAAUGAACAAAAUUUUAAAUGGAGGUAGUCAGCCAGACCCUGCCAAUAAUCUCUGGGAGAGGUCUCUAGGCACCAUGGGGCAUAUAUAACUCACUCAGGGGACCAUUUACAUUAAUGAUUCCUCCAUUGCAUUAAAUGGUACCCUCUAAUGCCCUGACAUACACUUGUGAAAUGUCUGAUUUCACAGCCCAAAAGCUUGUGUUCUGAGAGAACUUGGAUGUUUUGACAUUAAUUGAGGACUCUCCAAAUAUGUAGAUGCCUGCUUUAGAAUGGCACCUCAUUCUCACCCAAGACUGGUCUUGCACAUAGGUGUUAUUGGCAAUCACUUACAUAGUGAAAUUUUAAGGAGCCAAGAAGUCCUCCUGCCCCAAAACAACUCACCUCCCACAUGGGACAUUACCUACUAUUCUACCCGGAGAGACGGUUUUUCCUUUGACUUCUUUUCUUAGGCUAGAUUUUUUAAUGCAAAUUCUCUUGGAAUUUUGACACAUAGGAAGGAGUGAACUAAAUAACCUCUCACUCCAAGAUUCUAUUAUUCAGUCUUCAAUGAAUUCAGACUAAGGUUUUGGUAACUUUUCUCCUAAUAAGUGCCUGGGUGAUUUUAAAAACAAGAAAAACCAAAAAAUAAACAAACAACAACAACAAAAAAUAUCCAACCUCUAGUAUCUAGUAGAGGAAAAGGUCCAGAAAAGGGGAUGUGACAGGCUUAAAAGAUGAACUUCACUACUUCACAAUUUUACCAAGGGCUGACUCUUCUUUCUCACCCCAGACCUCCAACCAAAACCCAGGGAACAAUAUCCAUGUUGAAAGAAUAGCAUGAAAAUCAGCAAUGGUAUCCAUAAAGACUGAUUAGGAAUAAGACUGAAUAAGAAGAGGAGGGACCUGUAAUACGAUUAUGGAAAGUCUAUGUAAAAAUACUGAAUAGCAAACUACAGUAAAAAUUAAAUAAAGGUGCAAUGGGAAAAAAACAACAACUCUGCAUAUCACAAUUUUUUUUCAACACAACAUUCAUGUUUAGUUAGGCUCCCUCUUGUUGAAUAUUUUGAAGCCAGAUCAGCAAUAUUAGGGCUGUUGUAAGAGAAAAUCGCAUCUCAAACAGUGUUUGGACCAGAUGACCUCUUUGCUAUUGAUAUGAUAAUUAUUUUCAAUUUUGGUACACAUUUUCAAAUGAGUGGCAAUUUUUCUUUUUCUCUUAAAAAGUUAACUGAAAACUGAGUUUGAACCUUCCCCUUCUCCUGGGUUUGGGAGGGGUAGAGAACAGGGGAAGAACAUUUUUUCUAUUUACAUGAAUCAGAAAGAUAGGGUUGAGAGAAGGUCUCAAAGACCUUCAACUUGGGAGUUUUGUCUGUUUUUAAACAAGAAAAUACUACUUCUAUCUGAAGAGCCUAUGAUAAGGAGAACUGUCCAGUUACAAAAGAAUGCUCAGAAUUCAGCUUUCUAUAAUGCCAAUAUAGUCAUUAUAGUCAAAUAAAAUUUGUCAAAAUAAGAUUAUAAAGCAUUUUCUUCAUGGCUACUCUUUGAAGGUAUAAUAGAUGAAGAAUUUGAGGCUUAGAGUGAAGUAUCUUCCCCAUUGUUUCAUCACUGUUGGAAAUAGGACUAGAGCCCUUGGUCUCUUUACACUAUGACAUUUGUCUUCCCUCUUUCCAUACAUACUCUUUUAUGUCAUGUCCUUAGCUAUAGUAAUCAAGUGAAUGUGCCACUCUUAUGACCUUUAUGGUAUGAAGAUACUCAUUUACAACUCACAUUUCAAUCACAUUUUUUAAGAUUUAAAUAGCACUUUCCUUACAACAAUCCUGUGGGAUUGUAAUGAAAGUAUCCUUAUCAACUUAUUUUACAAAUAAAGUUGAGACCCAGAAAAGGUAAGCAACUUGUCUUGGGUCUUAUAGAUCACAAAUGUUCAGGGUCCUUUCCCCUAAAGGCAAUGCUUUCCCCCACCAUAUUAUGCAGCCUAGUUUAGGGAGGGUCCUGGAUCUUCCAUUCACCUGGGACAGAAAAGGAGAAAGACAGUGUGCCUUCUCAUCUGAAAUAUGCUUCAGGGAGUUGGCAGCUUGCUGCUUAUUAUCAAAUUCCUUCAACCUGAAGCAAAGGUAGAUUUAAAGAUAAGCUAGCAGUUAAAAACUGUUAUGGCUUGGGCUGACUAAAUGUGCUGAAAUUUCACUAAAGGUCCAGAAUGUCUCAUGAGUGUCAUUAACCUCAUAUAACCAGGGAGCAAAUAUAGGUACGUCCUUGCAACAACUCUGUUCUGGAGGAUUAACUAUGCCGUGCUCAAAGACCAACUUACAAAAAUCUGCAUCAAAAAUCAUGAAAAUCGUCAUUUCUAUGAAUGGAGUGCUCCAACCGGUCCCUGAGCCUUCCGCUAGCAGAGUAAAGAGACUGCCUUGAUUCACCUGGGCUUCUUGAGGUCUACGGAAAGCAGUGUUGGUCAUUUGAAAGAGCAUAAGAUGCUGUGAGGAGACCCUGGCAAGGAGUUUCACCUGUAAUUUUAGUGUGGCUAGAAUCACCUCUUAUCACCAAGACCAGAAGCGUGCCUAAUUCUUUCAACCAGUCCCAACAUAUUUUAUUAUCUGAUUUCAGCUAAUAGCUUAACAUUUCACUCAUUUCUAAAUAAACUCGGUUGUUUCCUCUAA